AUGUUAGCCACCGGCGAUAACCACCUUUUGAUGCUGAACGCAGAGCCACCGAAGAAGAAGAUCUUGGAGUUCCUCCAGGCAAACUACAAAGCCGUACAAAAGACGGGGGAGACCACGCGCGACCGGUGGCACAAGACGGACUGGGAGAAAGUGGCCAAGGACCCUAAGAGCAUCGCCUUCCCGCGCGAGGACUGGAUCCACCACCACGACGCCGAGAAGCACGCCGAUGCACUGUUCGACGAGACCGUCAAGAAGGUAACGCAGCCCGAGCUGUGGGGGGAUGGCAAGGUGCUGCCGGUCGGGCCUAUCCCCGUGGCGGUAUGGGGUUAG